CUUUUCAGUAUUUGCUCUUCAAGCAUUGUAGAAAGCUCUUCGUUCGUACUUCAAAUUCAUUCUGUCACGUUCACGGUUCUCGACCCUAAACACUCAUCAUUCACACUUCAGCCUCACGAACUCUAUCACAUAAUCAUUUAUCCACCCGCAUACCUUUGUGUAGCGAAAUAUUACCCUGUUAGGAUUUUGAAGUUAGUGUUGCGAAAAAUUUUCAACGCGAGAGUAAAUAUUACCCCGUUAGGAUUUUCAAGUUUUAGUGUUGCGAAAAAUAAAUUAGUGACAAGGAUUCCGCGGCAUAAGACCGUGAACACCACCUCAUGG